AUGGAGCCAGGAAGUGCGCUGUUUACGUUGGGGACUACGUAUCAUGGUGCUGGGGAGAAUGAAUGUGAGGCUGGAGAUCCGGAUGCAUUGAGGACGUUGUUUGCUGUGUUUGCGCAAAGAGAUUACUUUCGCCAAGAUCCAGAGGAGGUGCUGUCCACACCGAUUGAGGUCAAAGCUGUGGGUGGUGUGGGAUAUGUCGAGGACCAUCAGAGCCCUGUCGAGUUCUUGUUUAAGGAUGAUACGGGGAUUGGUGCGUAUGGCUCGACGAGGGGCAAUCUCGCUCUGUAA